GUGAGAGCCUGGGGGCUGGGAGCUGCUGGGCUGGGGCUCUGCUGGUGACAUUGUUGUUCCUGAGAACCCACACGGCUCAUUGCAUGAGGUAUCCAGAGCAUUUCAUGGUACAGGGCAAGCAAGAGUGUCACUACACCAAUGGCUCUCAGCGGGUGAGGUAUCUGGACCGGGAGAUCUGGAACCAGGAGCAGUUCAUUCACUUCGACAGUGAUGAGGGCACGUGGGUGGCCGACACAGAGCUGGGCGAGCCGUAUGCCAGGUACUGGAACAGCCAGAAGGACGUACUGGAGUACAGACAGGGCUUAGUGAACACAUUCUGCCGACACGACUACCAGGCGAUCAUACCUUAUUCAGUGGCCAGAACAG